AUGGUAGACGAAGUGACUAAGAAAACUCUUUCGAAUAUUCCAUUGUUAAAGACCAAAGCAAGUCCACGUGAUGGUGAACAAUGGCGACAACGUUUGAAAGAAGAACUUCAAGCUCUAAUUCAAUAUGUGAAAAACAAUAAAGAAGCUGAUAACGACUGGUUUCGAUUGGAAUCAAAUCAAGAAGGAACACGUUGGUGGGGCAAAGCUUGGACUAUUCAAGAUAUGUUACGUUACGAAUUUGAUAUUGAAUUUGAUAUUCCAGUCACAUAUCCGAUGUCUGCACCGGAAAUAGCAAUACCUGAUCUCGAUGGAAAAACAGCGAAAAUGUAUCGUGGAGGCAAAAUCUGUAUGACUGAUCAUUUUCAACCAUUAUGGGCCCGAAACGUACCUCGAUUUGGCAUUGCUCAUGCACUUGCUCUCGGUCUCGGUCCAUGGCUUGCUGUCGAAAUACCAGACUUAAUUGCUCGUGGUAUUGUCGUCCAUAAAGAAAAAACAGCGUCAACGACGACAGCUGACGGUUCAUCAUCGACAAAAUAA